GCUACACCAUCCCAUUCACAGAGCGCCGCCGCGGACACGCAGAAGCGACAGGGGUAGAGACGCUGCGAGACUUUCUUACUUUACGUAGGGGAACUUCCUCAUAUUGAGACCGGGAACAAAUAACAAAGAUGAAAGGGUAAAACAAACCUUAGAGAGAUGGGCAGGAUUAAUCACUCCUCGACUGUGUGGGAGAAUACAGACCGUAUUACAGUCGAGUCAAUCAUCAUGUAAAAACAGAAAACAGAAGUUUAUCGGCGAUCCUUCAGUAUGCUGUGGGCAAGGAGCAUGCCUUUCCUCCUCUGGGCGAUAUACAGCAGCACCCUCCUGACUGGAUCCUCUGGAUCGAAUGGUAACGAUGUUAAUCUCAUCUGUGUGAAUGACUACAGAGUUACAGUGACAUGCACACUGGAAGUCAAUGCCAGUCACUCCAGCACUGAGAAUGCCACCUAUUCUGUGGAGUUCUUCUCAAAACUUGAAGGAUCUAUGUUUACAUGUGCAUUCAAGAAGGUUAUGGACAGUUACAAGUGUACCCUGGAUGUUGAUGAAACAUUUAGUGACGUAGACUGUUAUGGUGUAACACUCCGUCACAACCUUGCUGGACAGUUACAAUCUACGGUGUACGAAGACUGUUAUGAGCCAGAACUAAACAUUCAGCCUUUUCCACCACAAGAUCUGACUGUUACCUCAGCCUCACAGCAAUACCUUUUCACCUGGGCUGGGAGCAAAUAUAAGGUGUACACUGAUUAUAACGUUCUUCACCACGAAUUGUGGUUUUACAAGAAAGAAAACCCAUCUAUGACGCGCACGGUUCUCCACACUGAUGCAGCCAGUUUCAUUUACCUUAAUGAAGAAGUGCUCGAACCCGAUACAGUGUACGUUGCGAAACUGCGCGCCGGUCCUGAAAAUUCUUACUAUAAGGGACACUGGAGCAAGUGGAGUUCAGAGGUGGAAUGGAGGACAAACUCAAGUCUGGAUGAUAAUCCCAGCGACAGAAAGGGAAACCUAGCAGUUAUUUGGCAGAUAGCCUUAUCCUUAGCAGCAGUAGCUGUCAUUGCAUCAUGUUUGUACUGCACUCUUCCUGCAAGGAUAUGGAUAAAAUCAUGCACCAGUGUUCCAACUCCAGCCCCUUUCUUUCAACCCCUGUACAGCCACUAUAAGGGAGAUUUUCAGAAAUGGCUCCUGUCUCAAGGCCUUCAGGGUGACCUGAUCAAGAUGGAGGAGGUCUUGAAAAUUGACAUGCUUAUUGAUGCCAAGCCCAUAAAGAAAGAAGAAAGCUGCUUCUUGGCUGAACCUUCAGAGACCAUUUGUCAGGUCACCUACGUCAACCCACACUGCAAAGAUAAGAACACUCUGGUCAUGUGGAAUGAUGACAGCAUGCACAACCAAGCUGAAGUAUUAUCAGAUAAUACUGGCUCAGGUUCGCCCUUGUUCCUGAAAGCCAGCUUUGAUGAAAUGUUCAGUUCUCUGUCACUGGAUUCCUCUGGAAUGAUGGAGUGUGAUUCUGGCUGUGAGGAUCCCACACAGAGUCUGGACAGUAGCUGGCCACACACCACCCUCUCCUUCGAGGUGUCUACUGAGCCCGAGAGCCUGUGUUACAGCGAUGACUACUGCACCCUCUCCGACACCCACAAUGGCCUGGUCCCCACCAGAGUGGUGAAGCAACCCAGCAAGAUCAUGGAACCUGAUGCAGAAAACCCUCCAGAGAUGGAACUGUCCAAAGGCAGUGACCACGACUGCCAUCUCCAGGAUUCCCCCAGCGAGAGCGAUGUGGACAGCUUGUGCCAGCGCAGUCUUUGAGUUCUCCAGCGGUACCAUCUCUUUCACCUCUCCCACUCGGAAGGGAACAGAGGGAUGCGAUAUGUUUUACUUCUCCUUUAGCUACAUUUUUAUGUCUUUUGUUGCAUUAGGUUUUUCAAGCCUGAAUGUCUUUGACAAAAGAAAUCUCCACACUGAGCUACUCUUCCUUUCCUGGGUAACAGAUUUUUUGUGAGCUCCUUUGGGUCAAAAUUCCUCUGUGCUGUAGAAAGAUGAGGUCAUGAAAGAGAGGAAAUGUGACAGUUGAAACCUAUGGCUCUCAGUAUACAUUACUCUGGCUCUCAGCACAGCUCCAUUCCACUUUGGGAGAGGGAACGGAACCAUACAGCUUCUGGAAGAGCAGAUCUGCAGACCAGAUGGAAGUCCACAGUUUUGUUGAGACCGUCUGACUCUUCACAACACUUAACAAAUGUUUUUGUUAAUGCAUGUAAAGAGGAACCUACUCAUCUGACAAAGGUCCUCUUGGAUGAAAUGGAAACGCAUCUGAAAUCCAAGAUGUGUGCCCCAUGUUUUGCACUUGAACAAUACCUCCUGCUGCAGGGUCCAUAUUUACUGAUGACAAGACGGAAGCUUGUUGUUGGCACAUGGUUGCCUGCGUAUUCUCUAUGAGACAAGAAGGGAAACAACACUUCGCUUAUCUCACUGUCACACCAUAGACACCAGUAAUCUACUGAGGCUACAAAGCAAAAAUCACCAAGCAUGGACUCCUGUCUUCUAGAUUCCGCUGCUUAGAAGUACAUGCUGACACAAAUCAUGUUGAAUUUGAAAAAAUAAUGGACAUUAUCAUCUUAAUCUAGUUUGCUUUUACCAUAUGAGACUAACCUAGUUAAUUCCAAAACAGUUUUCUGUGUAACUUUUGCAGGGACUUUAUGUCCCUUUGCAUUUUGUUUUUUGGUUUAUGAACAUUCAUUUUUUCUUUGACUUUGUUAUUCUUGAUUUUUCCACUAUGUUGUCACCCUGGUAAAUGCUAGUUCAUUUACUACAGUUUUGUUUUUCUUAAGCAAGGUUUACUCAAUUGUAAUAAAUUUUCUUUGUUAGAAUACUUUAUAGUAGCUGCACACAAGAACUGCUAAGAAAGUUGCAGUGAAUUAAUUUAUAUUGUUUGCGAGUGCUUUUGACACAGCUCCCAGGGAAUUCUCAGGAUGCAUUGCUUUUAAGACCUCUACAGGAAAGCUGCUUUGAACAAGAAUUAUUUUAACAGAGUUUUGGUAGUUACAUGAUACUACAAAAUAUUCAUUUCAUUCACAGAAAUCUGUUUUCCCAGCAGUAAUCACACUAUUCACUGCUGCUAAAUUGAAGUACAUCUGUUUUUUCAUUGCUCAUAAGUUCAUAUUAAAAAUCUACCUUUUCUCACUAGCCGUGUCCUAAAGUCAGGGUUAAUAUUGGACUUCUGCACUAGGGUGGGUUAUGGGUAUGUACAGGUAUACAUAUUUUACACUGUUGACUGUUUGCUUCUUUCUUGUGAAUAUCGACAGAGAUCUUUCAUCAACAGUGUCUGAUAUAGUGUGACACACCCAAGGGCAGGAGGUGGGAUCUUUUUAUAGAUGGGACUCUCUAAAACGGACACGGAAGAACUAGUGGUCAUCAUUUACUGUGCAGGGAAAAGCAAAACGAAACAAAAGCCCGUCUCCUCUUUUGUCCCUCUCUUUUAAGUUACUGGCAGCAAAAAACAAAAUCCACAGAUCUGUCUUUAAGUCACCUUCUUGCUCCCCUCUCCCUGUGAUGCAUUGCAUUUUGACACACCCUCAAAAUUAAAUUUUUCAUUAAUCCAAGUAUGAGGUACAGUAUGUUGAGAUGUAAAUUAAUUUAUGAUUUCAUGGAUAUAAUUUAUGAAAUUUGGGAUAAUGAUAAUUAUGUCUAAAUCUGUAUAAGUAGUUUUGUCAAAUGUAAUGGGAACAUACAAGAUGACAUUUCCUGUUCGUUAAGCCCUGGAAAGGAUGAGGACUUAAUUGAGGAAAAUAGUUUGUUCAAAUUAGAUUCCCCUCUUGUCCUCCUUCGCUGGAGUUUGACCACAGGUGGUUACAGUUUCAGUAAGCAAAUGUUUUUAAGCUCUGGUCACAAAUGUAGAAGAAAGGUGAUGAACAGAAAAGUGGACAUACUUUAUAGACAGCUCCUGCUUGCAUGGUAAAUUGUGUUAUAUUUGUUUUGCAGUUUUCAUUCGAUUUAUUUUGAUUAGUUUGCUUUUUAUUUUUGCAUACUUGAAUAGGUACCAAAUCUAAAGAAAGUUAUUGCUGUUAAAAUGUUUAUCGUUCUGUAUCUUUGGAUGUAGGAUGAGCAAUGCUUACUGUGUUAUCAUUAAAAUGUCAAACGUUAUUUAAAGAUCCCUCACAAGAUUAUGUUAAUGGUAUGUGAUUAUUUUAGUUUUUCCAUCAGUAUCAAAUGUAGAAACUGUCAAUGUAAGCAUAUAUGACUUUGCCACCCUUAAUUGGAAAUGAAUGAACUUUCACUGUUCAAAGGGUGAAUGAGUGGGUGACAGUCUCUUCCAGUAAUACACUACAGUUGUGGGUGGUUUGCUUUUAUUCUUGUUGUCAUAAGGGCUUGCAAGCAGUGGGGUUCUAAAAAAUAUAGGUUCUACUUCCCACAUGUUGGAACAGCUAUUUCGGUAAUAUCCCAGCAAUAUCUGUUUAUAUUGUGAAAACUCAGAAAAUAUUUUUUCAUAUAGAAAACAAACCCUAAAGGCCAUUGUCUCUCAUGCACUGUUUUCAUCAUGGAGGACAUCUCUGUCUUUAUGUUUUCCUUUGCCCUUUUGAACCCUUCUGAAGAAAUGCUUCAAAAAACAAGCUGUGCUUCAAAUUUUUAUUUCCUCAGACGUCAUUGUCAUUAUUGGUGCAUUCCCAGUUUGGGGACAUGGGCAAUACAACAGAGACACUGACCAAUUCCAAUUCGGUUUCCUAUAACUAGAGAGUAACCACUCCAGAUGGUGUAAUGAGAGCAUAAUGCACUAGAGCAUAACUUGAACAACCAUUCCCUGCUGUUUCUGUGCUUGAGAGUAGGAUCAGACCCUAUUCCCUUUCUGGAACUGACUUUUUGUUGUAUGAAGAAGUGUAGUUUUUUUGUAGAAUGGUGAUACUUUUGAGGAAUUGAGAGUUUACAGAGCUAUUCCAUUUAUGGUUUCAUCCAAAAUGUCACCUCACCCCCAUGUAUUUUUUCUGAUAUUUUUUAGUAUUUCUUUUCUUUAAAAAGACCUGCUCUUGAAUGCUGUUUGUGCUCUCCAAAUUGUUUAAGAUUAUCCUGCCUGUUACCGUUAGUUUGUCUAUUUGCUCUUGCUUGGACCUGUAAAUAGGUCAGCCCUUUUAAAUUUCAAUUGCUUUUUUAGAGGGGGAGGGGCUAGACCUAUAAAAGGAGGGCUGUAGUGCUUCUGAAUGAUUCCUGUUGAUUACCUGCCUAAGAUGAGGCUGUUCUCCAUUCUUUAAUCUCUGUGAUGUGCUUUCGCACAGAUUCGUCACCUGAACCGUUUGCCAGCAUAGAAGAACUCCUUGCUGCUGGACCCUCAUGUGUCUAUGGAAAUUAAAUGUUUUGCUUGAUUUCUUUGUCCCAGUUGUUGUGAGAAAGACAAGAUUUGUGCAUUGAACAGUCCCAUAGCCAAUUGGCAUCAUUGCUUGAUUCCAUAAGAGUUUGGAACGAACAGAAAUCUAGAAAGAAUGUCCAUUUAAUUCACCCCCCUCAAAGAAUGACAGUGGCACCUACUAAGUUUCCAUCUACUACAAGUAUGUCAUAUCUCGUUUGAUAUUUAUAGUGCCUCAUAAUUACAUUUCCAUAGCUGUUUUUAAGUGUUUAAGAAUAGUGAAGCCCAGAUAUUUCUUCAGGUCCAGGCUCAAAGGAAAGCUAUGCAGAAGCUAUCUUGUGGUUUUCCUUAGGUUCUAAUUUUUCUCUGUUGAAUCAAUAUUUUCAAAGUCAUCCAUGUUGAAGAGUUUUUAAAAAAGGAUAGUUUCAUUUUCAAGGGAGUCUUACAAGGAAAUUCAUGUGAUGUGUGGCAGUAUCGUGUUCAGCAAAUUCCUGAGCCACAGGCAAGUUCCUGCUUGGGUUUUAGGAAACUGAACUACCGAAAUGAAAGUAUCAUUAAGUUGUGAACGUCCAUCAUUGAGACAGCUGUGUCAUAUAAAUGGCUGACCCUGCGCUCUGACCCCAAGCUUCUCUCCUUGUCUGUGUGUCUCAUGGAGAGCAAGUUUGGGUAUAUGAAAAGACAAAUUCCUAUUACAAGAAAUUGUACAGUAUAUGGCCAAUAAAGUGAUCUUAUGAAUGAUCUGAGGUGCUUUCGUCUGCUUUGGAGCAGCAAAUGUUGUUUGAAAUUAGAUUACCACGAUUUUACAUUUCAGAUAUCAACAAAUAGCUAAAGGGGAAAAGAUCAUGGCCUUGAUAAUCUGUUUAAAGUGCUGUAAACUAUCCGGCUGUAUCUUGCAAAAUGCUAGUGGUUAUCUCUUUUCAGCAUUUUCUUCUAAGACAGUCCUUCCUCUUGACUCCAUUAUCAGAUAACAAACUUGAAACAGGCAAGUUAAGGAACACAAAAAAUUGUGCCUCUCUUUGCUUGCCAAUGUGAAAGAAUAAUGCAAGGUGAGAUUUGUGUAACACUUUGCAACUUCAGGCACUUGUCCACAAAAACAAAAGGCAUUACAACAUUUUGUGGAGUAAAAACACUUAAAAGAGAAACUGUAUCGAAGCCAUAAUGAUGAGGUAGCCACACCCUCUGAUGCAUAGCAAGCCAUGACCAUUUUUCAGUGCUUCCUUGGGAUGGUUUCUGCAAAAUUCUCAAAGCAAACCAGUCUACAAAUACACAGAUAGUUUGGUUGUUUGUGGGAUAUUGCAGAAUUCAAGCACAUGUUACUGCUAUAAAACAAAAAAAAACAAUCUAUAGUCAGAUGUUCUAGUUAAUGCAGCUAUAAUAAGUACUCAAACUUAACGAUUACACAAAUCAAUUGGCCAGACAAACAAUCUGUUAAGAAAAAAUAACAGAAAAAUAUUAUUUUAUUAGUUAAUUCAUGGCCACAGAUGGAACUGCCUGCUGCAGAGCAUACCAGUCAUAAACAUACAUGCGAGGAUUAUCUAUCCAUUCUUUACAAGGAGGAAAGCAGAGCUCUCUGCAAAAACCAACAAAGAUGUGGAGAGAACAUGCAAACUGUGCACAGAAAGACCUUCAAGCCAGAAUCAAACUUAGGAACCAAAAUCUGAGCAACAGAAGUACUAACAUAAACACCACCUCAAAAUGUAUUCUAAGUAUCGCACCUCUAAGUAUUGCAUUUAAAAUUGUUUCUUUAAAGUUACAGUUCUGGGGGAAAAAAUGAUAGUUCUAAUAUAAUUGCAAAACUUUUAAUCAUAUUUGUUACAGAAUGACAAAGUUGUUUGAGAUCUUUCUUUCAGGUGAGUGUUUGAUGAUGUUUGCAGCGUGUUUACAGUACUGAGCCUCAGAAUAACUUAGAGAUAAAGACAGAGAGCUUUGUUGUGGUUAUUUGAUUGUUUUUAGUACCUUGUAAAACAAUGCGUUGUGUGCACAGGAGUUAUUUUCACUUCUGAUAAUAAAGUUUGUUUGCAACUCAUCUCUUCUCCACAGAACACAGCUCUGUCUAAGAAAGCGUUAUACUUAUGCGGUACUAGGAAACAAUCAAAUAUUGUCUCAUAAAAUACAAUUUGACCUUGAAUCAUACAUGUUCAGGACUCGUUCACAAAAAGUAUCCGCUCAGUGAUUAUUUUUUUAAUACUGGACAUGAACAAGUUGAUUCUUUGCAAGAGUAAAAAUGAUAUUUUUUUAAAAUCCUGUUAAAGGAUAUGUAUUGACGCAUUUGAAAGUACAUUCUUGGUGCUGAUAAAGAUUAUCUGUUUUGAUAUA